AACGCGUCCGCACCAGCGCCUCUGCCCUGCGUAUUGCAUGCUCGAAGUACGUUGAAUGCGUUCGGGGGUGUUUAUCAGUGUCUAUGUGUCCGUGUUCAUGUGUGUCAGACCGUACGCUCAACUACUGAUCACGUGCUUUCAUCGCGCAAAUAGUGUCCAAAGCUUUGGUGAACUACAGGGGUGCAUGUUGUUAUUUCUUCACAUGUGACCUUAUAGUGAGAGUAACAGCAGACUCAACACUCUACCGUACGGAUUCCUAGACGACUUUGAUGUGAUUACAGUUUUGGUCCGCUGGCCGCUGUUAGCGUAUACAUAGACCGGCGAUGGAAAUCGGGUCAGUGUCAGCCAAGUGAGCGAGGAAAGGCAAACAAGCCCGAAGGUGGUUCGGAAGAAAAGAGAGAGAGAGAGAGAGAGAACAUUCUCUCCCGAAAAGAGAAGAGAUGGCCGAAGCGCGACAGCCUCGGAAGGAGGAAGCUUCGACCAGCCGAUGAGCCAUCGGUGAGCGCCUCGUCGUGGUUGCUUAUUCACUGGCAGGUGUAGGGUGAUCGACGGCUGGCAAAACCAAAGCUGCGCUCAUAAAUGUGCCCAAGGCGGCCACACGGCCGGGGACGAUGCCACCGUUGCAUACCAAAAGGCGAUUGUUGCUGCUCUUCGUGUUUUUCGCAAUUGUCUGCAGUACUAUGGAGAAGUCUAGCGAAAAAAAAGCCGAAACUAAUAGUUUCACAAGCACCUGGAACUCUUCAUACGCCGAGACUGAAUUUGUUUCUAUCGACAGGCCGUUCCAUAAAAAAAACAAUUAUGUUCUUAACACUAAGCGAAUUCCAUUCCAAACAAGUUAUUCUCCAAUACAUGGACCAUUUAUUGAACGGUAUCAGAUAUCCGACGUAGUACGCAUAGAUAAGACCACAUCACUUUCAAACAUAGCAAAUAUUAUACGAGUUAAAAGAGAAGAUCUGGAUGCUUGUAUGAAAUUUGAAGAAGGAGAUUCCAUAAAACAAGAAUUUUACAGUCCAGGAUAUCCUGAACCGUAUCCAAAAAAUAUAAGCUGUUUUCGUGUGUUAGAAGCUGAUCCUGGUAUGGUGCUGAAAGUCGAAUUCCGAGACAAUUUUGAACUUGAGGAUCAGGAAAAGUGCUCUUAUGACUAUUUAGAAGUUCGAGAUGGAAAAUACGGUUAUUCAAGACUUAUCGGUAAAUUUUGCCGAGCUUUCCCGUUUCCAGAAAUCACGUCAAGCUCAAGAUAUCUUUGGCUCCAUUUUCACAGUGAUAGCAGUAUUCAGGGUAACGGAUUUCGUGCAGUUUGGAAUAUGAUUCCCAGGCCUUUAGUGAAAGACGUUAAAGAGAAUGGCAGCCAAAUUCACCCAAAUGACGAUAAAUUAAGCAUUACUAUGGAAGCAUGCAAACCUAAUGAAUGCAGUAUUUCUGAAGUAGAAAUAUGUACACCGUUGCAGAGCAUAUUAAAUAAAACUGGAGAGCGUUUAUGUAACUCCGUGGCUUUGGAUUGGUCAAAAGAUGCUUUGAAGAACUUGGAGCUUCAUGUAACUCUGGGUUUUGACAGCUCCUCUGGUUACAACAACAGUCAUCAAAGAUUUGAAAAUAAAUCCAAUGAGAACUUACAAGCUCAGUAUUCUCUUAUUUUUCAGAUUCAAAUGACAUUCCCUAAAUUUCACUUGGACAAACCCAAUGAAUGCGACAUAAAUUACGUGCAAGUAUACGACAGGGAACCGUCAAUGAUACAUAAUCCAUCUUUAAUAAAUAAUUUUUGCGGUAGUAUAGCAGAUCUAGUGACUAGUAAAGGAAAUGAAGUUUACCUUCGUUUUUUUGCUACCAAAGCUGCCAUAAAUAGUAGUUUUGAAGCCAUUAUGACAACCAUACGCGAAAAGGAAGGAAGCAAAGAUAAAGUUUGCAAUGCUGACGAGUUUGACUGCCAAGAUGCUUGCAUUGCAGACGAAUUGCGCUGUAAUAAUCGACCAAACUGUCGCUAUCGUUUCGAUGAGGAUGCCGAUAUUUGUAGUACAAAAGCAUCGGGUCUUAACAUGAGCUCUGAGCACGUCAUCAUUAUCCUCGUCGUUUUUACAAUUCUCAUGUCUGGCCUGUGCUUCACCUGCAUAUUCAACUGUAUAAAAAAGCUGAUACAUGAUCAUCGAAUAAUAAGAGAGCAUUUGCGUCAAUCGCGCGAACGAAAGCUAGACGAGCUUGGCCGCAAGAUGACACCAUGCUCUAUUCUCGACGGCUGCACGGAACUCGGGGGUGACGUUCAUCGUCACGGUAGCGAAACCCCGAGUCUUGAGAUUCUAGCCCAUCCGAAGGAGCUCGUAUCACCGAUGGCGUCCAUAGACCGAGAUUACGUAAGAGAACGCAGUGUUGGGCUGUCAGUUGACCUAAGUGACAUCCAUCAGAGCAACAACGUGAGCAAUGCGACGCAGGAACGUCUUCAAGAAUCCAGUGAGGAGCGAGAGACUCGCGAGAUGGGCUGCCAGACCAGGGAAAGCAUCUUCGACUCAGGCUUAAUACUCAAGCCCUCGGCUCAUCCGGCCUUUACGACCUUUGGCAUACAAACGACUACGCCGUUGACCGCUUCACGCAAGCCCUCUCUGGACUAUCAUCCAACCCACCACUAUCACCACCACGCACAUCCUCAUUACCAUCCACAUCAUCAGGCUUCCUACCACCAACACCAUCAUCAUAGCAAUGAUACAGAAAUUGGAACGCCACCUGAGAAGCUUGAACCCAUCAGUCCACAUGUGAGCCAGCGCUGCUCCGUCUGUCAUCCAUCAGCCGUACCCCGGACUUUGGACCUGUGCCCGCGACACAGCCUGACGCCGAUAGUACCAGCACCACCAGGCUGGUCAGCCCAUGAGUCUGUCUACACUGCAGAAGAUUUGUCCAGUCUUCAGAGGCUACAGAUACAGCAACCGCAAAGUUCCAGUAGCGGCGGAAGUCCGGUGAAAUUAACAACCGAGCCGGAACGUGAGCACUCAAACUCGCUGAGCAGCAGCCGACCCUCGCCGAGGUUCUCUAUACAGAGACAGAAAACCGUAGGUUCUGGCGAACACUACGGGUUUAUCUACGGUCACGAAGAGAGGGAUAAGGAGAGGCACUGUCUGGUGGAACGUGAAAAAGAGGCUGGCGAUUAUACGGGAAGCAGUGGCAACAGCUCACAAAGGUCUAUGGGUGCAAAGCCAGUGAGGUGUCCGCAGGUGUUGGACUCGCGCUUCAAGACCGAGGCUGUCAUUGAAGUUGACCAGAAGCGUCCCUUUAGCAUAGAAAGCACCAAGAGUGCACCUGAUGUUAUUGCGACACACUGACGCAGGAGUGUCGGGGAGUGGGGCUCACAUGGAGACUGCAAGUCCAGGAAGUAUGAGAUAAACUAUUCGUUAUCCACACUACAGCAAGUUAAACAAGCAAACAGUACAAGAAGUUUGUCGCAAAAUGCUUGGUCCAACAAAACUGGGAAGGGCUCGGCACCUGAUCUUGCAUGGGCUUCCUGAUCCAAGAUUGAAUCCUUGAUAUUGCACAAGAGUCUCACUCGUGAUGCUUGCAACUCUCGACUGUCAGCUAGCAGUAGUGACCUGGCCACAAGGUCCACCAAGCCACUAAUAAACUGGCAUCGAUGUUCAAAACACCUACGCAAGUCGAUCUACGAUCCUAAUGAGUUUCUCGAUCGCACUUGGCCGUAUCGUUCGUUUAGCACGAGAAAGCGUUCACUAAACUCCUUGACACGGAGCUUCGGCACUCAAUGUAAUAUCGCGGAUUUUAACACAAACGUGAAAAAAAUCGAUGCUGGAUUUUCAAUACCAGUUUAGCGUUUAAAAAGACUUUUUGGUAUCCAGCUAAGCGUGUUUCUGCAAGCAAAAAUUUCUCAGUCAAUCAGCUCCAAAGACUUUUAAAUAAAUUUGAUAGAUAUUAUUGCUAUUAGCAGACAAUUUAUAAUAAAAAUAAAUUAAUAGUAUACUAUGGAUUAAAAUUUCGUACUAUGGAAAUAAGUGACUUGUAAUCUGUAUUUAUAAUAUUUCACGUCAAGCCAGACAGCCAAAAAAAAUUUUUUGUCAAAACCUGUGUCGGUUAAUUGUUCUUCGUAAGAAAAUAAUACAUCUUAUGGAUUCUAAUUACCCACGUAACAACGAUCACAAAUUUGAAAUUUGUAUUUUGAUCAAAUUUUUUUAAAUGCUUUAAACGAAAGAAAAAAAAAGAUAACUAAAAGUUCAUUAUUGUAUAUUGUACUAUGUAACAAUGUUUAAAAGCAAACAUAAAAAAAUCCUCUAGAAGCGAUGGCAACGUUCAAACCAUCAAUAAAAUACUGUAUUGAUUUAUCGUGUGAUACAUGAUCUGUUGUUUAAACAUUUGUUGAUUUAUCAUUGGAACUUUGAAGUACUUGCUCACAAAAAAACUGUCAAUCAAGACGAAUAUCGAUAUAAAAUUUGCUUUCAAAUCUGCAGUUUGUAAAGCAAACAUUCCCUUCCGCGAAACACCAGAAAUUUUUUACAACCCACACCCAGAAGUAAAGAAGCCUCAAAUAGUUCAUUUAUUUUCCUCAGCUUUGCCUCGGAAAAUACACGGAUUAUUUAACACUUUCUUUACUUUUCAAACUGAGGUAUGUAAGAUACUGUUUAACUGUCUUUUUGAGGUAGAAUAUCACUUACACGCACGUGUGUGAAUCUAAAUUUUGAAUGAAUGUUUUCUUCUAAGGAUUGCAAACAUUGUAAAACGUUAUACCCAGCAAAGCUGAAGUACUUGAAUAAAAUUAUAUAAGAACUUUUUUAAUACAUGUUUCACGCCAAGUAAAUGAACGGGCCAUAUUGAGAUAGAAACAUUGUUGGAAAAUUCUAUUUUUGUUAAAAAGUUAAAACUUUUUUAAUCUUAUCGUAAUUUUAUAAAGAUAAAUUAAUAAUGGAAACGUAGUAGAGCUUUGAUACAUCAAAAAUUACUUGAAGCGUCAAUUUAUCAGUUAUUAUGACAAGUAGUUUGUUUAAAUAAAGUAAUUGUACGUAUCCCUGUUAAGAAGACAGUGCCAUGAGUCGUAUAUAACUAAAUCAAUUUAUGUAAUAACUUUUUUUUUUAAUUCAACUGAAUAUCUGUUUGAGACAAUUUUAGAAUUUUAAGUGUAAAAC